AAGUUUGGGAGAGGAAAAGAAAAUCUGUGAAGGGGUUGGGCUGAGCCGUCGGUGGGCAGCCGUGUGGAUCUUCUGCUAGGAAUCCGACCCGGUGUCCGCUCAGUCCGGUGUCCCUGCGCACCGACCGCCAUGGAGACGUGCCUGCGUCCCGGGGCCACCUGUUUGCUGGGCUUCGGUUUGCUGCUCCUCGUCACCUCUUCUCUUGGACGCGUUGGGCUUGGAAAGGGUUUUGGAGAUCAUAUUCACUGGAGGACAUUAGAAGAUGGAAAGAGAGAAGCAGCUGCCAGUGGAUUGCCUCUGAUGGUGAUUAUCCAUAAGUCCUGGUGUGGAGCUUGCAAAGCAUUAAAACCCAAAUUUGCAGAAUCUACAGAAAUUUCAGAACUUUCUCAUAAUUUUGUUAUGGUAAAUCUGGAGGAUGAAGAGGAACCCAAAGAUGAAGAUUUCAGUCCUGAUGGGGGUUAUAUUCCACGAAUCCUUUUCUUAGAUCCCAGUGGCAAGGUGCAUCCUGAAAUCAUCAAUGAAAGUGGAAACCCCAGCUACAAGUAUUUCUACGUCAGUGCUGAGCAAGUUGUUCAGGGGAUGAAGGAAGCUCAGGAAAGACUGACUGGUGAUGCCUUCAGAGAGAAACAUUUUGAAGAUGAGUUGUAAUAUGAACAUAUAAUCCCUUCUUGUGGCAAAGUUGGUAUUCUGAAGGAAAGUGGAGGCAGAGGAAAUAAUUGAGGAAUCACCCAAAACAAUUAAACUGACUAGGAAACCUUACUUCACCCUACACUGGAAGGAGCUAUCUUACCUGGAAGAAGACUGCUAACAGAAGCUAGUCUGUGUUUUGUGGAAAUAGUACUUGAGACAGAUUUCCUUUUCCUGCUUUCUAUCAGCUAAAUAUCUAUUUGCCUCUGAAUAUGAAGAAUGAAACCUAUUGACACAAAUCUUGAGCCACUUCUCACACAUCAGAAUUUGAGCCUUUAUCCAUUUCCUUCCACUUGAAUUACCUUGGUGGUGAAAAGAAGACCAGUAGCAGCUUUUCUACAGUGUCCAGUUCAUGGGAAUUAACAUCAAUUUUUAAGAAAACAGCAAAUUCUAAAUGUAAAUCAGUAAUUCUGCUCCCUAUCAAGGAGACUAGCUGGUUUUUUUCCCCAUUUCUACUGGGAAUAAUGUUAAAUCUCUGCAACUACCUUCCUCUUAUCCUGCUCUGGCUUCCCUGUUUGCACACAUGUAUGUACAGGAAUGGCCAUGUGCUUGGACUCAGUUCCAGCUGGAAGCAUGCUUUCUCUGUUAUUGUUGGAGAAACUCAAGCCUUUGAGCCCUAUAUGGAGACAUUUUUGUCAAGUCAUCAACUGUAUUUUUAUAUUGGGGUUAACAAAUAUAAAAGAUAAACUAUUAAUUGUACCAUUAAACUUUAAUAAAACUUUUAAAGGAAA